AGGGGCGGGGCUAGCUCGCAGGCCGGAAGCGGCGCGGCGCCCGGCGCUGGCGGUGUUAAAAGCCCCGUCGCCGGCCUCGCCGCUCCCCUCCGUUCUCCCCCGGCGGCCAUGGACGCGCGAGCGCGCGCUAAGCGCUACGAGAAGCUUGACUUCUUGGGGGAGGGACAGUUUGCUACUGUCUAUAAAGCAAAGGAUAAGAACACCAACCGAAUCGUGGCUAUUAAAAAGAUUAAACUGGGACAUAGAUCAGAAGCUAAAGAUGGAAUCAACAGAACAGCCCUCAGAGAGAUAAAAUUGUUACAGGAGCUAAGCCAUCCAAAUAUUAUUGGUCUUCUAGAUGCAUUUGGACACAAGUCCAAUAUUAGUUUGGUGUUUGAUUUUAUGGAAACGGAUCUUGAGGUUAUUAUAAAGGAUACUAGCAUUGUGUUGACGCAAUCUCACAUCAAGGCAUAUAUGCUGAUGACACUUCAAGGAUUAGAAUAUUUACAUCAGCACUGGAUUCUACACAGGGAUCUUAAACCAAAUAAUUUGUUGUUAGAUGAAAAUGGCGUUUUAAAAUUGGCUGACUUUGGCUUGGCAAAAUCUUUUGGAAGCCCAAAUAGAGUUUAUACACAUCAGGUAGUAACAAGGUGGUACCGAGCCCCAGAACUAUUGUUUGGUGCUAGAAUGUAUGGUGUUGGUGUCGAUAUGUGGGCUGUUGGUUGUAUUUUAGCUGAAUUGCUCCUCCGGGUUCCUUUUUUGCCCGGAGACUCUGAUCUUGACCAGCUGACAAGGAUAUUUGAAACACUGGGCACUCCAACAGAAGAACAGUGGCCUGGGAUGACGAGUCUUCCAGAUUAUGUCACAUUUAAGUCUUUCCCUGGAAUGCCACUUCAACAUAUCUUCAGUGCAGCUGGUGAUGAUUUGCUCAGUCUUCUGCAAGGCUUAUUCACAUUUAAUCCUUGCACUAGGGUUACGGCUACUCAGGCAUUGAAACAGAACUAUUUCAGUAACCGACCAGGACCCACUCCAGGAAAUCAGCUGCCAAGACCCAACUGUCCUGCAGAAGCUGUGAAGGAGCAACAAAAUGCACUUAUAAAUCUAAAAAGGAAAAGAACAGAAGGAAUAGAUCAAGGAUUACCAAAAAAAUUGAUUUUUUGAUUGCUAUGGAUGAAAAUGGGUGAAAGCGGCCUGAGUCCCAACCAUUGAAAAAACAUUGUAAUGGUCACUGGAUGGUUAUUUUGUAAUAUUUUCAUAUGUAAAGUAUGCAUUUAAUAUUUCCUUACUGAAAGAGAUAUCAUUAUCCUUACUUCUGUUUUUAAAUAAAAGCAUUGUUAAGCAAAACAAGAAGAUUGCUUUCUCUGAUUUGCUGUCUUGUUACUUUGACUCAUGCUUUGAAUUAGUAACUGUCAAACCUGCUUGCUGGCUAUAGAUUUACACAGGCUAAUUUUGCAGAACCUUUAUACAAAUAACACCCUUCUCACCUGGAGCUUAGAUGUACAUAUGAUUGUCUAUCAGCCCUAUAAUAAAUACUGGGAAGUAUUUAUGUAAGGGAAGGGCAGGAUGCUUUUUUGUUCCAGAAGACUUUGAGGCUUACAGAGGAAGAGCAACUAUGUUCUUGCUCCUGUGUUACUUCAUUUUACUUCUGCCUUGAGCCAACGUGAAGUAUGCUGGUCUUGUAAGGGACAACUGUUAAUAGUCUCCCAAUACCCUACUGUGUUCUGUAUUGGUUGUUGGCAGUUGAAAAUUAAACUUAAACUUCCUACUAGGAUCUAUUUAACAAUGUAGAGAAAAUGUUUAUCAAAUAACAUCGGUUACAGCAGUGUUUACUGUCUGUGUAAUCAAACAUCAUCAUCCUGAAUGCAGGCUGGGGGAUUAAGAGAACUGCAGUCCUCCUUCUCACAGGCAUAUGUAUGAAAAUAUUUUAAUCUGAAUAGGGUAGAGAGAGUUAGGAGUACUGUAAACUUGUUUGCAUUGGACUUAUCUAGGGCAGCAUUCUGACUGGACUGCAAAGCUUGGAAACCUUCAGUCCCUAAAACUGAUACUGCAUUUUUCAAUGAGUAUCCUAACUAUUUUGUAUUAUACGUAGCGUUUGCAUGGCAGUGACAAUUUUGUCAGCUCUGCUUUGAGAGUAACACCAUUCCCUUCUUGUCACAUGCUGUGUGUGCCUAGAUGAUACCCUUCCCUGAAGGAAACCUUUCCCAGUGGGACAUGUAGCAAUCCUCUAAGCUUCUAUUGGCAAAAGUUGUAGAGUAGGUACUGAGUUAGAUGGGCGAUCAGUGUUUGAAUGUAUAGAGAAUGGUUACUGUGCUGUGUAAGAGUGGGAUUAAAGAGAGGAUAUUUUGUGACCAAGGUUACUGUCUUGUAUGCUUUGAGUUGUGUGUUUGCCACAGCAGAUGCUCAAAAAUAGCAGUGCCUCUACAUAAUACAAGUCCAGGAGAUGUUCCCUUCCAGCUCCCACACUGCAAUUCAUUUGGCAUACUGUGCACUGCAUGUAUGAUUGGGGUCUGUUCUAUACUGUGAGGGUAUACAGUAAGUUUUGUUUUCAGCUGAGUUCAUGAAGCUGCCUGUGUCAGGGACUAAAAUUGCCUUGCUCUUAAUGGUGGUGUUGUGCAUAGAUAAAGUGUAUGUACAUUACAGAGUAAGAUAAGAUUAGAAAAAGGAUUAGCACAAUAUUUUUUUCUUAAUCUCAGGCUUUUGGAUAGUUUGAUUUAACUUUUGUGACUUAGAUCAGAACUCUGGAAGGAAUAUUGGGGACUCCUGGUGAAUAUAACUUAAUAUGCAAUCAUACACAAUUAGUCAUCUAAAUACUGUUUAAUUUGUGACUUGGUUACCUUGUAAGCUUUAUAUCAUGCUAAUCAUGCUUCAGCUUUGGCAAUCUGUCUUUUAUCACACCAACUCACUGAAUAUACAGAUACUGCAAUCUGCUCGGCUUCUAUUCAGAACCACAACAAUCAAGGAUGGUUUGUCUUGAGCCUGCAAUGUGCAUGCUUGUGCAAAAUGGAACAUAAUCUAAAUGCCUUCUCUCUUGGGUUGAGAUAAUUUUUCUGCCCUUGCUGCUUUUUUAUCAUGAGUUACUGGUGUUUCUUCCUGAAAGGUUAGUACUCUUCUUUGUAAACUUGAUAGCUCUUACCUGAAGACUUCAU